AUGGCGGAGGACGGUGGAGCUGAGGAGUUGGGCGAGGAUGCGGGCAUGUUACCAUCCCCCGACGACCCCGCCGACCCGCCCCGCCGCCAAAGCAACAAUCAGAGCAAUGGCGUGGGGAACGGCACCGGCGGCAACGAUGUGGGUUUGACUGUUUUAAGGUUAUUAAAGUAUUUAAAAAAAAGUGUCAUGUUGACAGUUAAAAUGUGUCAUCGUAACAGAUUUUGGAAAGGCUAAAAUGCGUUUUAUCAAUUUAAAAAUGUUUUUUUUGCUAUGAAAAUUUUUUAAUUUAAAAAAAAUGCGUCAUCAUGAAAUGAAAAAUGUGUCAUCAUGACAUAUUUUUCUUAUAAAAAUUAAAAUUUUGUUAUUAUAGGUUAAAAUGACGUUUUUGAUAGCUUGAAAUAUUUUGAAAACUCAUUGUGACACUUUUUAAAAAAUGCGUCAUCCAAAUUUUUAAAAAUGUGUCAUGAUGACAUUAAAUGAGAAAAAAUUUUUUAAAUUUAAAUGAGAAAAAUUUUUUCAAAAUUAAAUUAGCGUUUUCAAAACUGAAAUAAAAAUUUUAUCUUCAAAAAAUAUGUCAUCAUGACAAAAAAUCUAAAAAAUGUGUCAUUAUGACGAAAAAUUUAAAAAAUGUGUUAUUAUGAAAAAAAUUUAAAAAAUCUGUCAUUGUUCUAAUUUUUUAAUUAAAAGAUAAGCCUAAUAUUAUUCACAAUUUCAGUCCAGAGCCAGUCCACGUCGCAUCCCACUGUUCGAGCGCGCGUCGGCACGUUGGUGGAAUCCACAAUUCGCGUCGCCCACGCUGGAACAACAAUACUGGAAGUGCAGUUUUCCGAUUUUGAGGGAUCGCUUCCGGUCGGGCCUUAUUUAUAUCGCCGUUACCUGUCUUUCAUGGCUGGCGUACCUGGUGUUCUUUGGUAGUGUCAAAAUCGCACAUUUUGUAAGUUUUUGGGGUGGAAUUGGCAAGAACUUUCUUUACAAUACAGAAAAUGGCAAGAACUUUCUUUACAAAACAAAAAAUGGCAAGAACUUUCUUUACAAUACAGAAAAUGGCAGGAACUUUCUUUACAAAACAAAAAAUGACAAGAACUUUCUUUACAAAACAAAAAAUGGCAAGAACUUUCUUUACAAAUAAAAAAAUCGCAAAAACUUUCUUUACAAUAAUUAUUUCCAGGUCUCUACGACAGUUAUUGUAUUUCUGUGCACGUUAAUGUACUGGUUCACAAAACAUUCAAAUCGUUAUCAGCGCUUCUACUUGCCGACCUCCUUUCUCUGCACAUUUCUGAUUUGUUUGAUCACGUUGUUGAUAUUCUCCAGCCCGGACUCGUUUAUGGGCCCGGUGGCACGAAUGGCUACGAGUAUACAAGUAGGUAUCGGUGUAUGGAGCGGUAGAUGUUGGCCGAAACCUGGGGCGUUGUUACAGGUUUUCUUUGGUGGGAGGGGGGGGUUUAAAUUUUUUUAAAGGUACCUGGGGACCAACUUUUCAAAAAAAAAUUUUUUUUGCCAACUGGUCCUACCUGUGGAAUUUUUUCCACUCCUUCACUCCCCCCUCCCUUCCUAGCGAUGCCCCUGGCCGAAACGGUUUAUAAAGUUAUGCUAUCAAGAGUGAUCCAUUCAUUUUUUGGAGGAAUUAGUAUUAUUAUACGUUGUUCAAUAAUCCUGAGCCAUUUCUCAAAGCAAAUUCUUAUGUUACGUGGUUAUUUGAACAAGCUAGUAAAUAGAAAUCAAGUAAUUUUAGCAAAAAUACAUAAGAGGAGUCAUGAUAACAUGCUUUUUUAAAACAAUUCUGACGUUAAGAAACUCCAUUUUGGUAGUUUUCAGGGAAAAAAAAAUUAUUUGAAAAAAAAUUUUUUUUCUUAAAAAAAUGUCAUCGUGACACAAGAUAAAAGAAAAAGACUUUAAAAUGAGGUUUUUUAUGAACCAGGAAACUGCUUUUCAAAUUUUUGAAUAUCAAAUAAAUGUGUCAUUGUGACGAAAAAAAUAUGUCACGAUUACUAUUUUAAAAAAAGUUAAAAUUUUAAAUUUGACAUGCCAAUAUAAUUUUUAGGGCUAUUCUAAAACUAUAAAAAAUAUUUUUACACUUUUCCAAAAAAGCCGUUAUCACAAAAAAUUAUUUUGAAAUUUUAGGUGCCGACAUAAAGAACCCGCCAUUUUUUACAAGAAAUUACAGGCAAAGUAUGGCGGGUUCUUUAUGUCGGCACUUAAUAUUUGAAAAUCCAGCCAAAAACCUGUAUUUUUAGGUAAUUCUGCUAAUUUACACUGUCGUCCCGCUGCCAUUGUACCUGUGCAUUAGUAUUUGUUUGGCGUACACCGCGUUGUUUCAAGUUAUUACCCAAAGUACGCAGGACUCGACGUUCUACGAGAACAUCCUCGACAUUUCUUCAGCGUACUGGGGUACGAAGCUGAUUCUGCACAUCUGCAUCCACUUUUUGGGUGUGCAUUUGUAUAUACUGACGCAGGUGCGGCAGCGGAAGACGUUCCUGAAGGUGGGACAGAGUUUGUUGGCGAGGAAGGACUUGGAGUUGGAGACACAGUUCAAGGAUCACAUGAUCCAGUCUGUGAUGCCCAAGAAGGUAAGGGUUUUGUUGGUUUUUGCUUUGAAGUUUAGGUAUGAAAUAAGGUACAGCAAGCUGACAAAGCCUAGGCUUAGUGAGCUCAGGCUUAGUAGGCUUAGGCUUACUAGGCUUAGGCUUAGUAGGCUUAGGCUUAGGCUUAGUAGGCUUAGGCUUACUAGGCUUAGGCUUACUAGGCUUAGGCUUAGUAGGUUUAGGCUUAGUAUGCUUAGGCUUAGUAGGCUUAGGCUUAGUAGGCUUAAGAUUUGGCUAUGUUUUAGGCUGAGUUAUAAGCAUAGCAUUAGACUUAAAGUUAGGUAUAGUUUUAUUUUUAGUUGUAGCCUACGUUUCUCAACACAAUUCAUAGUUAAUAUUGGUUGUCGCAAUAGGUAAUGCCUCGCAGAAACUUAGAGCCAAAUCCCAGCACUUGCAGUAAUUUGUUGGGUCGUUUUACAUCGAGGCAAAUGUUAUAUAAAACCAUAAAAUUACAUAAGAAAACGUUGCGCAACACGAGUCCUUGCAAUUUCUCUAAGGCUAUGUUAUUAUACCAAUUGAUUAGGUAACACCGAAAAUAUUUUUUUUUGUUUUAUUUUACUUCAGAGAGCGUCAUAGUUUAUGUCAAUGGGUCUGUUUUAUGACAGUAGUAGAAGCUUAGGCAUAAGAUUAGGCUUAGCAUUAAGCUCAGGAUUAGGCUUAGGUUUAGGCUUAGGCUUAGGCUUAGGCGUAGGCUUAGGCUUAGGCUUAGGCUUAGGCGUAGGCUUAGACUAGCAUUAGGCUUAGGCUAGCAUUAGGCUUAGGCUUGAGCUUAGGAUUGAGCUUAGACUUAGGUUUAGGCUCAGGCUUAAGCUUGGGCUUAGGCUUAGUAUUAGGCUUAGCAUUAGGCUCAGGCUUGGGUUUAGGCUUAGGAUUGGGCUAAGUUUGAGCUUAGGGUUAAACUUACUGAGAUUUCUGAGGCUUAGUUCGGGCUUAGGAUGGGCUUUCUUUACGCCUAGCCAUAGACUUAAGCUAAGCCUUAGAGUCAAAGCUUAGUAGGCUUGAGCUUGCAAGCUUAACAUGUAGUUUAGUAGGUCUAAUCUUAUUACCAAACAAACAUUUUACACAUUUCUAAGCUGAUGCAUCAUGUAAUUUCAGGUGGCGGACGAGCUUCUUCAAGAAUCAAGUUGGUUCUCCUACUUUUGUUCAAUAGGUAGAGUUUGGUGUUGUCCAAAAUUGGCAUUUAUUUCAUUAUUUUUCGUAUCAUUUUUGGACUGUUUUGUGGAUUCGGUGCUGUUGAGAUCUUGGGGCGGUCAAUACGUUCGGAGAAAAACAUGUGGUAAAAUUACUGUAACUUUUGCAUUUUUUUUAAUUUUGGAAUUCUGUUUUUACAGUUUGUUGACAAACUGAAUAACCUAUCAUGACACAAGUUUUCAAGUUUAUAUCUACUUUGUCGACAAAGUUAUAGCGAAAAAGCCUAGUCUUAGGCCGUGUCAAAAUUUGUUUUUUUUUGAUAAAGAUUGCAGAAAAGUGAAAUCUUACAAACUUGAUCAAAAAGUAGCUAGAGCAAUCCUUUAACUUUAGUUUGAUUUAUUCUUAGUUUUUCUAUGAACUUUUUGACCGAGAUAUAACGUUUUUCAACCGCGCGUCAAAAAGAAUUGGUCUUUUCGAAAUUUGGCUUUUUUUGUCCGAAUUUGAUUGAUUUUGAUGAUAUUUUAUUAAGUUGUCCGAAUAUGGAUGAGCCAAAAUUCCAAAAGUCGGGCGCUUUGAAUGGCUCAUUCAUAUUCGGACAACCUGAUAUCACUUUUAGUUAUUUUUAAUGAUUUUUUGUUAAAAUAAUGUUGUACCAUAGCUGGAACAGCACGUUCUUUACUUGUUUCACAUUUUAAACGGAACGUUAUGAUCGUUCCACAGUUUCAACGCUUAAAUUCCGCCGUUCCAAGAGUAGGUUCCAAUGUACAACUCGGCGGUAGACAUGAGGGACGAGCCUGGCCUGAAUGUUAGGCCUGGCCCGGUAAAAAUAUUGCUCAGACCCGGCCUGAUCUACAUUUUGGUCAGACCCGGCCUGAUCUAAAUUUGAGUCAGGCUCGGCCCGGUCCUCAUAUCUAGCCACCACUCGACUCGGUCUCAAGAGCUCAACGGUCAAUAUAUUAUGAUGGGCUUUCUGCUAUAAGGGUUAUGUUCCAUUUUGUGGAAGUGGCUUUUUAUUUUUAGGUAUACCCCCAAUCGUAUUUUAGAUUCGAACUUAUUAUUUUUGCUGUUUUACGCUCUGGUUUUGGACAACACUUUUCUACUGUUUUUAUGUUCGUAUUGUGCCAUAGUGACGACGUUUUUGUUUAUGACCGACGGUUUCUUUUUGCUAUCACCUAGCUUUGGAGAUUUGGGCUGUACAGGGGGUCAAAAAAAUGUCAUCAUGACAUAUGUUAUAGAUCAAUAUAAUUUAGUUUUUGUUAUCAAUUUUUGCUUUUUGUAUACCUACGGCACUUUAAAAAAGUCAUUUUUAAAAUUUCAAAUAAUAUGUCAUGGUGACAUUUUUUAAGUGUGUCAUGAUGACAUAUUUUGUUUUAGGCUAAAAUUAGUUUUGGAUUACUAAAAUGGUUUUUUUCAGCUUUUACAAGCUUUAAAAAAUGUUUUAAUGAAUUUUACAAAAUAUGUCAUCCAAAAAAUGUCAUCAGGACAUAUUUUAAAUGUAUCAUGAUGACAUAUUUUAUUUUAGGCUAAAUUUAGUUUUGGAUUACUGAAAUGGCUUUUUCCAGUGUUUGCAAGCUUUAAAAAAAUUUUUUAAUGAAUUUUACAAAAUAUGUCAUCCUAAAAGAUGUCAUGAUGACAUUAUUAAACUCGCUUUGAAAUUUUUAAAUUUUAUUGAAUUUUGUUGAGAAGGCCCCAUAGGAUAUUUUUUAUCAUUUUUUGACACAAAGAUUACUGUACAACCUAUGAAAUCGAAAAAAAUACCAAAAAAUGACAGAAAUGUCAUCGAACCGUUCGCGUCUGAACCUUUUCCACUCAGCAAGAUAGUGUUCGUUUGCACUUGGCACAACUGUUUGUGUUUUGUCAUAAAACUGCCUAAUUUGUAGCCACACGAAACAGUAAUGCAUCGAACGGCAAAAACCAACAGAAUCAGCCACGCAACUCGGGCCAGGCCAACAGCUACGGUCAGGCUAACAGCUACGGCCAGGCCAACAACUCGCCGAACAACCAAAAACUAGCCACGGAUCAGCGGUUUUCCGGCGAUUCGGCCCAAAUAUCCGUGCCAAAUGUGCGCAAAUUCCGGCCGUUCACGAUGAAUCUGAUGCAGGACGUGAGUAUCUUGUUCGCUGACAUUGCCGGCUUCACCAAAAUGUCAUCGAACAAGACGGCCGACGAGCUGGUCAACCUGUUGAAUGACCUGUUCGGCCGCUUCGACUAUCUCUGCGGCCGUUGCGGAUUGGAGAAGAUUAGCACGUUGGGUGAUUGCUAUUAUUGCGUAGCCGGUUGUCCGGAGCCGGUGGCUGAUCACGCUAAAAAUUGCGUUGAAAUGGGCUUGGCUAUGAUCAUUGCGAUCAGACAAUUUGAUCUGGAUCGAGGUCAGGAGGUCAAUAUGAGAGUGGGGAUUCAUACUGGAAAGGUGAGUUAUAGACUUGUUGUGAUAGUUCUACAAACUUUUUGACCGAUAAAAAAAUUUUUAUAACCUUUUUGGCCAAAAGUUUUGCUCGCGUCAAAAAGAAUUGGUUUAUUUUGCUAUAUAAAUACAUUGAAAAGCACCCAAUUCUUUUUGACGCGCUUUGGUUUUUUGGUCAUAAAGUUUGUAGAAAAAUGAAAAUUUAUAAGUUUGGUCAAAAAGUAAAUAGAUCAGUCCUUUUGCUUUAAUUUGAGCUAUUUUUCAAUUUUUCUACAAACUUUUUGACCGAGAUAUAGCGAUUUCAAACCAAAGCAUCAAGUAUAAUAUGACGCGAUUUCUUUUUCAAAAUUUAGGUAUAAAAACUUUAAAAAUAUGUUUUUGUCAGGUCAUGUGUGGUAUGGUAGGCACAAAACGCUUCAAAUUCGAUGUCUUUUCCAACGAUGUAACUCUGGCCAACGAAAUGGAAAGUACUGGGAUCGCUGGACGGGUACAUAUCAGCGAGAAAACGGCACAAUUCCUGGACAAUCAUUACAUGCUGGAGCCGGGGGAUGAUCACAAAGGUAGGUGGAUGUUUAUUUUGUCAUUUUAGGUAAUAAGAUACUGAUUUUUUGUUGAUUUUAUAUUUAAAUUAUGGCAAAAAAGGUGAAUGUUUCCAAGCGGAUUCGAACUUUUUUUGCCAUUUGGCAUUUUUAAAGUGAUGUAACUGUUUUUUAAAUCAAUAUAUUGGCAUGUGAUUUUGAGGAUGGAUAGUCUGGAUUAGGUAUUAACUAGUUUUUAAAAAAAAGUUGAAAAAUAUUUUUAAAAUUUUUAAAAAUUUAAAUUUUUGUCUAAUAUUCAGGUUUUUUUUGAAGAAUAGGGUUGUUCAAAUAAUUCUGAGCCCCUAACUCUAAAACUUUGUUUUGAAAGGGUCUCAAAUUAAAAAAAUUCUUUGAAAGGGGCUCAAAAUUAUUUGAACAACCAAAUAUUAGGUGCCGACAUAAAGAACCCGCCACAUUUUGCCUGUAAUUUCCUGUAAAAAAUGGCGGGUUCUUUAUGUCGGCACCUAAUACAAGUCAUAACUGGUCGAUAGUAUCUUAUCAUGUUCGAACCUUUUCAGACAUGAAAACCUACUUCAUCUCCGGCCGACUGAAGGAGUUGGAGUCCGUGAGUAAUAAAGUGGCAAUGUCCGACACCGAAUCCAAAUCCGAGCCCAUCAGCGACGGGCAAAAGGCGAGUAGUUUUCGUAAAGUGAGUUGCUUUCGCUUACUAAUACCGCCUAACAUUUCCCGUAUUGUAGGACUUGGAAUUUUGUUAUGAUGAUUUAUUUUAAUUUUGUCAUGAUGACGGUUUUUUUGCAAAUUUUUGUCAUGAUGACGGAUUUUUUUGGAUAUUUUUUUCAUGCUGACGGUUUUUUUGGAUAUUUUUUCAUGAUGCCGGUUUUUUUGAAAAUUUUUGUCAUGCUGACACAUUUUUUGAAAAUUUUUGUCAUGAUGACACAUUUUUUGAAUAUUUUUGUCCUGAUGACACAUUUUUUGGAGACAAACAUAAGUCACAAAAAAUGAACCCCGAAUGUUUAAUAUUGAUUUUUGGAACAUCUAAAAACGUCAUCAUGACACUUUUUUUAGAAUUCUAAGCCUAUAAUAACAAAGACCUCUUUGCUUACUUUACUCUGCUUCUAUGCUUGCAACGCUUGUUUAUAAUAGGAACGGGCUAGAAGAGUCAUUUUUAAAAGCGCAGAAACUUUCUUUACAAAUUUUUUUUAAAAAACGGCCAAAAUAAGCCGCGUCAAAAAGAAUUGCACUUUUUACUUUAUAAAUACUUUGAAAAUAGAUCAAUUCUUUUUGACGCGCAGGUUUUUUGGCCGUUUUUUGCCAUUUUUAAGCCAAAACAAUUUGAUUUUCUGCCAUUUUUAGAUAAAACGAGAUGAAUUUAGUCAGUUCCUGCCAUUUUACAUGUAACAAUUUUAACAUUUUGAAAUUUUUUUUCAAAUUUUAACCGUUUUUUGUGCAGUUUUCAACCCAAAUCACCGCCAAAUUCGACCGCAAAAAAACCAUGGACAGCGCGUCGCUGCCGAUCAGUCGAAACACCACCAACUCGACCGGGGGUGGAUCGUUGCGCAUGAGGUUGUUGGAUCGAAGUAGUUCACAUCGAGUGGCUUCGAACAGUACCAAUCUACCAGCACGUGCUAUUUCAGUACAACAAGACACGCCAAGUUCGAAUGACAUUAACAUUUCGACUGAGUUGCUUAAUGAAGACCCGGCUAACUUGAAAGUAAUAUUACUAAUCUUCUGGUUUUCGAUUUUAACUGGUUUUAAAAUUUGUUAAAAUUUUUUGAAAUUUUAAAAUUUUGAAAAAAAAAUUUAAAGUUUUGUUUGGUUUUUGUUAGUCAUUUCUGAUGUGAUUUUACCUUUUUUCCACUUUAAAUUUUAUCAAAACAAUGUUUUUCUAGGCUGCGUCAAAAAGAAUUGUACUUUUUUGCUAUAUAAAUACAUUGAAAAGUGAUCAAUUCUUUUUGACGCUGACUAAAAAAAGAUUGAUUUUUCAAUUUUCAACUGUUUUUUGAGUGAAAUGUGAUUGAAAAUGGCAUAUAUGUUAGUAAAAAUGCAUAUAUCAUUAAAAAUGGCAUACACGGCCUUCAAAAAAGUCUUGUCGUUUUUCACCACAGAAACUAAUGUAAUUUUGCGACAAGACUUUUUUUGACAUUUCAAAUCGACUUUUACUUAUAAAAAAACAAUUUUCAGUCCCAAUCCAUGUGUACCAUCACCAAUCCAAUGCUCCAAACCGCUCAGAAAGACAUAAGCGAAUCGAUGGUCGGACUAGCCGACAAAGAAGUGGCCAAUUCGACCGUUUCGGCGGCCGGCCGAAUUGAAGACAAUACUCCAAAAUCGGCUCCAAACUCGACCCGAGAGCCGGCAACAGAGCCGGAAAAGAUUGGCGGACAAAUUUCGAUUGAACUGGCACAGAACAGCAGCACCAACAAUAGUGCCAAAGGCUCCAGAAGCAGUGGUCUUCAUGUAAGCGUAUGUUGUUUACUGUGUUGCUUACUGUAGUAUCGUGGGUUUCUAUGCAGGUUUCACGUUUUUGUGGAGUUCUUUGUUUAUUUCACCCUGAAAGCUUGAGAAAAUUUGUCAUUUUUUUCAAUUUUAAAAAAUAAGUCAUGAUGACACAAUUUUAAAAAAGCUUAAAAAUAGAAAAAAGUACAGAAGAAGAGUUAUACUGACAUUUUGUUAUCUAAAAAAUUUAUUAAUUUUGUUAUUUUUUGUUAAUUUUAAAAAAUAUGUCAUGAUGACACAAUUUAAAAAAAAGCUUAAAAAUAGAAAAAAAUUCAGAAAAACAGUCGUACAGGCUUGUAGUUACCUAAAAAGUUUUAAAAUUUUGUUAAUUUUUGCAAAUUCUACGUUUUUUGGAUGACAGAUUUUAUAAAAAUGUGUCAUGAUGAAUUUGUAUAAAACUUGGUAAAAAUACUAUAAUUGAUAGAAAAAUAUCUUACUGUACCCCCGAAUAGUUGCAAGAAUUUUUUUUUGGUUUUUGCUUUGAAAGUUUUUCAAAUUUCGAAUUUAAAAUUUAUGAAAUUUCAAAAUUAUAAAACUUCAAAUUUCAGGAACUAGCCUCCGAAACGCAUUCAGUAGGCGGCCUAGACACUGCCAUUUCUCAUCACCACAACGCUGGUUCACUAACCCGCUUCGACACGGAUAAUCGCGAUUUCGAUCAAAGACUGGCACAGAUUCUACAGAGCGGCGAAUCCUCCUUCGCUCAGGGCUUCUGGAUGCACGAGGGAUCCUUGAAUCGCUGGACAUUAACCUUCAAUGAAGCUGAGAUCGAGAAUGAGUAUCGAAAUCAUUUUGCGGAAAGUGGAGAUCACAAUUCACAGGUUCAGAAGAAUCUGAAGAACCCCAUUGCGAAGCAUCAACAGUUGAAGAGCGGAUCGAAGAGGAAUAUGGACGAGGAUGAGGAGGAGAUUUUAGGUAAUAAUUUAGAAAAAAAGGAAAAAUAUGGGGUGAAAAUUGGUGUUAAGGGUAGUCAAUUUGAUUUUUAACCUUAUCAGACCCAAGUUAUGUGUCAUUAGGUUUAGUUGGAAAAUUUUUAAAAAACACGUCAUGAUGACAUAUUUUUAAUAUGUCAUGACGACAUAUAUUAAAUGAAAUCGAAAUUUUAAUUUAAAAAAGAUUAUUUAGUAUUUUACAAUUUUAAUGACGUAUUUUGUGGGGCAAAAAAAUUUUAUUUAAAAAAUGUUUUAUCAAAAAUUCAAAAAAUGUGUCGUGAUGACAUAUUUUAAAUGGAUUUAAAAAAAAUAUUUAAUACAUAUUUAAGACUCAAAAAGAUUUUUAUUUAAAAAAACGUCAUUAAAGCUUCAAAAAAAUGUGUCACUAUGCCGCAAAAAAUCUGUCAUGAUGACAUAGUUUUAAUAAAAUUAAAAUUUGAAUUUUUUUAAAUAAAGUAAUUUGUUUAGUAUUUUGCGGUUUAAAAAAAAAAUUUUGUUAUUUUAAAAUACGUCAUAAAAACACAAAAAAAUGUGUCAUGAUGACAUAUUUUUGAAAUAUGACAAAACUUAAUAUUUUGGCAUUUUGGGCUAUUUUUUGGAGGUUUGUGACUAUGAAAGCCGUUUUUAGAGUAGUUUUGAUUGAUUCAUACCUAGAUUGAUAUCCAAUUUCAGACCUCGGAGUCCGAAGCAAUGCCGACUCGAUCGAACAUCAGCUUCUCCGCCACCCACGAUACCGCUAUUCCGGAGUCUUUAUCGACAUCCUCGUAGCCAUUGGCUUCUGGUCAAUAGUCGUAGCCAUAGCCUUCGCCACUCUACGUCAUCUGACGGCUUCAUUCUUCGUCUUCGUCUCCAUCUCGGCCCUAUUCUUCCUGAUCUUCCUCAUCCUGAUCGGCCUGCCGCUGAUCACGAGGAAGAAGGUGAGCAUCUGGCUGAAUCGCUGGGGCCCACGCCACUUUUUCGGCCUUCUGAUGAUUGGACUACCAUUCGGAGCGGCCGUUUUCCAUAUGCCGGACUGUGCCGUGAAUUUGGCCGAGCUGACCGACUUCCAUAAAAUCGGUCAGUGUGCCACGCAAAGUGUGUUAAAUCAACGACUGGUGUUUUGCUACAUGACCUUGAUCAUCAUCUACGCUCAUUGCAACUUUAGUCAGCUCAGAGCGUGGCCAAAAAGCGGCCAAGCCAUCGUUGUGGCCAUAUUGUUCUUGGCCAGCAAUUUGUGAGUUUUUUAUUUAAAAUGUGUCAUGAUGACGUAUUUUUUAUUCAAAAAUUAAAUUUUAGAAAUGAUUUUGAUAAGGUUUUAAGAUUUGUGCGAAAAUUUUUAAAAUUCCGUCUUGAUGACAGAAUAUUUUUAAAAAUGUGUCAUGAUGACAUAAUUUAUUUUGAUUAAAAAUGUCAUUUUAAACACUAUGGUGACGUUUUUUAACAUUACAAAGCUUAUCACACCUAUUUUUGAAGAUUCCAAAAAAUUUGUCAUCAUGACAUAUUUUUUCAUAGUACCAAAUAUAUAUAUCAUAGUACCAAACGUGUUUCAGUGUAUGUCGCAACAAGAUAGCGACCCAAAUCAAAGAAGACGGCUUCACGAACGAAGCCAAUUGUACAGUAAUCUACAGUACUUGGGCCAGUUCCCAGUUCGAAGACCCGUUUUACCUGCACGAACUGUGUGUGGAUGUCGUUUUGGCUGUAAUACUCGUUGCAUUUUUGAAUUAUCAGUUCGAAGCCUCGUUCAGAAUGAGCUUCUUCGGAGAUGUUCAGGUAGGUUUAUGGUGGUUUGUUACCUAAAAUAAGCGAAAAAUGGUGUUUUGUUACCUAAAAUUUUCAAAAAAUGGUGUUUUGUUAACUAAAAUAAUCAAAAAAUGAUGUUUUGUUACUUAAAAUUAUCAAAAAAUGAAGUUUUGUUACCUAAAAUAACAAAAAAGUAGUGUUUUGUCCCUAAAAUAAUCAAAAAGUAUCGUUUUGUUACCCAAAAUCAUUAACAACUUGUGUUUUGUUACCUAAAAUAUACCUAAACUAAUAUGAAAAUAGUGUUUUGUUACCUAAAAUCCUCAAAAAAUUUUGUUUUGUUACCUAAAAUUAUCAAAAAAUAGUGUUUUGUUACCUAAAACGCUUAAAAAAUGGUGUUUUAUUACUGAAAAUCAUCAAAAAAUGUAGUUUUGUUACCUAAACUACUCAACAUUUGGGUUUCCGCAUUUCAAAUAGUAAAAAAUAGUCUUUUAUUACCUAAUUUUUCGUAUUUUAGGCCCGCCGCGACACGGCCAAGAUGCGAGUAGUCCGAGAUCAGGCCGACUGGCUUCUGACCAACAUUAUUCCCCAACAUGCGGUCGAAUCUCUCAAAACUAACACCAAGUACUCCGAGAACCAUCAGAUGACGGCGGUGAUGUUCGCUUCGAUCACGAACUGGAACGAGAUGUACGAGGAGAACUUCGAAGGCGGCCGAGAGUUCCUGCGCGUCCUGAACGAAGUCAUUGGCGACUUUGACGAACUUUUGGACCGACCCGAGUUCUGUCACGUCGAGAAGAUCAAGACCAUCGGUGCGACAUACAUGGCCGCCUCAGGCUUGAAUCCGGACCGCCGACGAUUGGCGCUCCACCCCUACGAACACGUUUAUCAGCUCAUCGAAUUUGCCAUAGCCUUACAGAACGCCCUCGACUACUUCAAUCAGGAUCUGCUCAAUUUCGACUUUGUCUGCAAAAUCGGCAUCAACAUUGGUCCCGUCACGGCCGGUGUUAUCGGUACCACCAAGUUGUACUACGACAUUUGGGGCGAUACGGUCAAUAUCGCCAGUCGAAUGUACAGUACCGGGGUGGAGGACAGAAUUCAGGUAGCUUUUGGAUGGCAAAAUGGUUUUUUUAGACUGCAGAAACUUUGUUUACAAUUCUUUUUUGAAAAAACGAAGAAACUUUCUUUACAAAAAUAAUUUUUAAAAAACCGCAAAAACUUUCUUUACAACAUCAUUUUGGAAAAAACCGCAAGAAUUUUCUUUACGAAAUAAUUUUGAAAAAAACCGAAGAAACUUUCUUUACAACAUUAUUUUAAUAAAAACCGCAGAAACUUUCUUUCCACCCUCAAAACAAAAUCAUUUUAGGUAUCAGAAGAGACGAAACUCUUGCUUGUAGACCGAUACGACUUUGAGUAUCGUGCACAUAUCGACGUAAAAGGUGUUGAUGGUGGUAUGGACACAUAUUUACUGGUGGGCCGAAAAGGCGAAGCCCCAAUCAACGGCCCCAAUGCUGUUAAGCCCCACAUGUUUUAG